UAACGGCUUUAUUGAACGAAAUGGUUGUCAUUAGUAUUAAAGUUUUGGCAAUAUGUAUGUGCUUUUUAAAUAUGGUGUGGCUAACAGGUGGUAUGACGUGAUGAUUUGGAGCCGACGUGGCGUCUACAUCAACAUAUUAUUUAACCAACGACGUCUCUAAUGACAUUAAAAGAUUUUAACUGGCUAUAUUUGUCCAACGAGCAUUCUAAAUCUAAAUAUAUUUGUGACUUUUACAAAAGUUGACAAUUUAUUGUCACAAAUAACUAGUAUAAUUUAUUUUUAAGUUUGCAUUCCUAAUUAGAAUUAUAAGUCUGUGACAGUUUAAAGAUUGAAUAUUUGAUUCUUUACUUAAAAGGGUAGGAUUCCUCUGUUUUCCCCUGUUCUGUGCUCUGUUUUCCUGAAGCUGGUGGUUUUUAUUUUUUAACCUUCCUUUUCUUACUGUUGGAUCGCCCGGGAAAGGACAACAGCUCUGACUGCAAAUUCGACCUCCUAAAAGCACCAAAAACUAGAAUUCAAGUGGAGGAAGAAACAAAAAUGGCCACUAGCUAGACCACAAAAAUCGAAGCACAAGAACAAGAGAGAUGGGCAGAAUACGCAAAACUACUCCGUUGUGGCUCAUCGGAUUUGCUUAUGUAUCUACUCAUCCUUGUCUCUCCCUCUCUACCAUUAUAAAAAGCGAAGUUCACAAAUCACAACUCUUCAUCUACUCCAUUUUCAGUUUCCCCCCUGAAUCUGAACGAACAGAGAAGCUGUCACCAAAUUACAAAGGCGGGAAAAUGGCGGCAGUGAAGAGGAUUAAGUUGGGUUCGCAAGGUCUCGAGGUGUCGGCACAGGGGCUCGGUUGCAUGGGAAUGUCUGCCUUCUACGGCCCUGCCAAGCCCGAUUCCGACAUGAUCGCUCUAAUCCACCAUGCUAUCAACAGCGGCGUCACUUUCUUCGAUACCUCUGAUAUCUACGGCCCUCGCACCAACGAAAUCCUUCUCGGCAAGGCUUUCAAGGAAGGUGUUAGGGAGAAAGUAGAGCUGGCUACCAAAUUCGGAUCCGUCUUUGAAGAAGGAAAGAGAGGGUACAGGGGAGAUCCUGCUUAUGUAAGAGCUGCCUGCGAGGCCAGCUUGAAGAGGCUCGAAGUCGACUGCAUUGAUCUCUAUUACCAACAUCGCGUUGACACCACAGUACCAAUUGAAGCCACGGUUGGCGAGAUGAAGAAGCUAGUUGAAGAGGGCAAAAUCAAGUACAUUGGUCUCUCCGAAGCCUCCGCGGCGACGAUCAGGAGAGCUCAUGCUGUUCAUCCCAUAACAGCAGUGCAGUUGGAGUGGUCCUUGUGGUCAAGAGAUGUGGAGGAAGAGAUCAUCCCUACUUGCAGAGAACUUGGGAUUGGGAUUGUUGUCUACAGUCCCCUUGGCAGAGGGUUCUUUGCCUCGGGGCCUAAACUUCUCGACAGCCUCGAAGAUGGAGACUUUCGAAAGAUGCAACCGAGGUUCCAAGGCGAAAAUCUGGAUCACAACACGACCCUCUUCGAGAAGGUUAAUGCAAUGGCGAAUCGAAAAGGAUGCACACCAUCACAACUGGCGCUUGCAUGGGUGCACCACCAGGGAGACGAUGUGUGUCCCAUACCAGGAACCACCAAGAUCGAAAACUUUGACCAGAAUGUUGGAGCUUUGUCUGUGAAGCUCGCACCAGAGGAAAUGUCUGAACUAGAAGCCAUGGCUUCAGAUGAUGCUGUGAAGGGUGAUAGGUACAUGGAGGGCAUAGCCACAUUCAAGGGUGCUGAUACUCCACCUUUCUCUUCAUGGGAAAGUGCUUAAACUGAAAUGGCUCGUUCAAUCAUGCUAGGGUUUCCUUUUUAUGGUUUCAGUAAGGGUGUAUGGUUUGGCACUCCAUUUUACAAGUAAGGAUUUGAAGUUAAGAGUUUCGUUUUGAGUUUCAUAACUGAGGUUAUCUCAUGCCCUCAUAAUAUUUGCUUGUAACACUUUGGAUUAACUGAACGAGCUUGGUCAUCUAUACUUUUUGUGGCAUGAUCACUAGCAAAUCAUAUUCAUUCAGACCAAAAUUUCGAUGAUAGAGAAUCGUGAUAAACGAUUUUAGUUUUUCUCUUUGUAUACGUCGAGUUUCUCUCAAUUUCCAAAAAUUAUGUGUCGACAAACACAACUAGUAAUCAGGAAUCAACCCAGACUAUCAUUGUCUUAAUGAAUAAUGACGAUGAUUGAAAAUGAAAACCUUUUGAGGCUACGACUAAAGAAAUAAGACUAAACUAACAAAAAAUUCAAAAGUAGAACUUAUUAAAAAGUCGAUAUUGCACUUGGCAAGAGCUGCGCCGAAGUGUAGUGUUUUAAUCAGAGUUUGAUUAAGUAUUUUUUUUUUUUACGAAUAUUUGAUUAAGUAGUUUGAACCUAAUUUUACUCAAUAGUAUGUACUAAGAUCGGUCUCCUAUGAUUCAUAGCAUCAUUGAUCAGUGAGUGCAAAUUCUUAUGAAGUUCUCCAAUUAAAAAAUUGCGAUUUUUUUCAACGUUUUAUUCGAUGGUGGUGUAAUAUAAAAUAGAAAGUCAUUU